GUGUGUGUGUGUGUGUACAAGUGCUGUUGCCGUUGUUUUUUGUUGUAAAUCAAUUUUGAAAAUGCGGGCUCUGGCUGGGGUGGUUGGCUCUACGUUGUAUGGCUUUUAGUUGGGUUUUAAACUUGGUCGUGAAGGGUAGUUGCAGGCGAACGAGAACUCAGCCAUCACGACUCUUCUAAGCGGCAAUAACAGUCACAUAUAAAUAGGGGGUCACCCAAAGUGAUAACUGUGAAAAUCAAAACAAAAUUAAAUUGAGUUGAAAUGAAAUAAAAAAAAACAAAAAAAAAAGUCCAAAGUUCAAUGACAAUAAACAAGCCACUGCCUCAAAGCUUUAAGGCCUUAUGUUAAAAAGUGUUAAUAUAAAGAUAUAAAAUAACGGUCUAAAUUCCUAAACAAAGAAUAACAAAACUUUGAUGAGCCAUAAAAAGUUAUUAAAAUCUUUAAAUUCACCACCUACCUCAACGACGAGUGACUUCAGCACUUCAAUGCUCAACUCCUCUAUCUUCAACGACAGCGGCCACAGAUCCUCUCAAGAGAUGAGUGCUAGCGCCGCCGCCUCAGCCGCAGCUAUAGCAUUGGCGUUAGAUUUAAAGCCUAAACAUUCAUCACCAGUGGAGCACCCGAGUCAGCAUCAGCAGAAAGUAAAAAAAUUGGUCCGACGCAAUGCCUCCGACAAACUUAAACUGAUACAAAUGGUGCACGACAAUCCCAUAUUGUGGGAUUCACGUCUGCCCAAUUUCAAGGGAGCCGAGGAGGAGAAGAAUCGUGCUUGGGAGAUGAUUGGCAAGGAAUUCAAUGCGCCCGGCAGGCGUGUGGCGCGAGCCUUCAAAUCUCUGCGAGAAUCCUAUCGUCGCGAAUUGGCCCAUGUCAAGCUAAUGGGUAAUAAUUUUAAGCCCAAAUGGAGUCUUUAUGAAGCAAUGGAUUUUCUCAGAGAUGUUAUACGAGAGAGAAAAGGCGGUUCCCAUGCCAUUGAACACAGUGGUCCUCUAAGUCUGAAUCUUUCCGCUUUGGCCCAACACAUCUCCAAUGCAGCUGCUGCUAAUAAUCACAAUAAUAACAACAACAAUAACAAUAUUAUCAAUAACAACAAAAACAGCUUUAAAAUGAAUUCUGUGCACUCGUCCUUCAGUGAUUCGGCCUUAAAUCUUUCCAAAUGUUCGUCUAGUCUCAAUGCGAGCGGUGAUGAUUACUAUUAUUACGUUAAGCCCGAAUUGGAUUUGUCUAAUCAAAAUACAAAUCCCAAUGCGGUUGCACAACAACAUCAUCAGCAACAGCAACAACAAUUGGCAACGGCCAUGGGGGCCAGCAACAGCAACAACGCACCUAAUCAUACACCCGCUCAUCAGCAACAACACACAUCACAAACGCCCACAAGCCAACAACAGCAACACCAUAAUGACAGCCGUGUCUCAUCGACACGCAAUGAUUCCACCGGACAGAAUAACACUUACGAUGAUUUGGAUAACUCUUCCAUGCGUAGUGGCGAUGAGGACAAUAACGCUCUCAGUAAUCAAGGCUCGGACGAGGUGGAAGAACUGGAGGCCAUAGAUGCAGAUUUUCCCUUUCCCCUCAUACUCAACUCGAAUUCGCCCAACACAAAUGGUGGGCCUAAUGUUGCCGUGGGGGGUCCUCAACUGAAACGCAGGCGUAAGCACUUGACGAGCACGGGCGGCGAUGAUGAGGAUAACGAUGGCGAGGUCGACGAUGACGAUGAGGAUGAUUACGAGGGACAAAUGUUGCAGCAACACCGUCAUUUGCGGGCUCAAAAUAUGGCCAAUGGUCUAACGCAAAAUGGCAUAAUGGGCGAUAUGAUGCCGCCACCCCAGACUGUGCGUGAAGUGUUAAAUUCCAAAUUUUGCGGCUUUAUAUCGGCCAAACUCAAUAGCAUGGAAGACUCCGAGGCCGAUAAUUUAAUGAACAAAAUUCUCAUGCUGUUGGUGCAGACACAAAUGAACAAUGCAGCCGCAGCAGCUGUGGCUGCCGCCUCCUCUACACCACCCUCGGGGGGCAGUAUGAGUACAGCCAGCUUCAAUGAGUUGGCUAAGUAAAGCUUUAUCAAAAAAAAAAAAAAAAAAAACACAACGCCCCAUGCAAAAAAACUGCCGGUCCCUUUAAUUUUUUUCUUUUGUGGGACCAGGUAGUUGGUGGGCGUAACCUGAAACUCAGCAUCAUCAUCAUUAUACGGAAGCAACAACAAGAACAAAAAAGUGCCAUUUAUAACUUGCUUGUGAUUACAUUUACAUACACAUAAAUAUAUACCAACAAACAUACGCCUACAAACCAAAUAUCAUAAUUUCCAUUUCAUUUCUAGGACAUUCGUUUUUAUUUUGUAAUAUUUUUGCGUUACUUGGAUCAGAAAUGGAAAUGAAUUCCCCCAAAGGAGAUUAUUAUUAAUUUUUAA